AUGAGCGAGAUACUCAUCGCCAUGUCCUUUGUGCUGAUGUUCUUGGCAGCUGCGCCGCAAGCAUCAGCCGCGGUCCCUGGAGCCGCCGGAGGGAUCUUGCAGAUCCCUUCUAAUGACUCCUUGGCUCACUGUAUCCCAAGGUGUGGGGAUGUCGACAUCCCCUAUCCCUUCGGUAUAGGGCCCGGCUGCUUCCGUCAAGGCUUCGAUCUCACCUGCAACCACUCCACCAAGCAUCCCAGGCUCUUUUUAGGCAGCAGCACUAUCCAGGUCACUGACAUUGGCGUAUACUCCGGCGUAGUAUUGACCCCUAUAAUCUACAACCUUACAACAAUGUCAGGUACAAAUACGUACGACAUCAUAUGGCAGGCCCCUGCUAAAGGUAUUACUCUCACUAGUGAUAAUACUUUGUACGUAGCUGGUUGUGAUUUGGACGUCACCUUGUUCAAGUAUGGUACAAGAAACAUGGUUGGUUCUUGUAUGACUAGAUGCGCCGGCAGGAAGGCACCGACUGGAGGGCCUUGUUAUGGAAAGGGCUGCUGCCUCAUCCCCUUUGCAAGUGACCUGCCAGGCUUUCACGCAAAUCUUGUCAGCACUAAUACUACGGCAACACAAUCAGAUUGGUUGCACCCUGGCAUCAUGGCGUUAGUGUCAAGUAAUCCAUAUUCUUACAGAGAUAAUACAACCGACCUUUUCUCUAGUUGGACAAAUCCAAGCACAAUUGAUGACGCGUCACUUAGAGUUGCCAUCAUGGACCAACCAAGCUGUGUAAGUGCACAACUGAAGAACAAAAGCUAUGCCUGUAGCAAUGGUAGCAGUUGUCGGGAUUCUUCAUACGGUGGUUACCAAUGUGACUGCUCUUCUUAUAGCGGACGCAACCCUUACAUUUUAGAUGGAUGCACGCGACAAGAAGAUUAUAACUCCAAGCCCAAAGAACACUGUCCUGCAUCAUGUGGACGCAUUACUAUUCCCUUCCCCUUUGGGCUCGAAGAAGGGUGCUAUGCCAACAAAAAAUUUCAUCUGAAUUGUACAUCUGGUAAUCUCACAGUUUAUUUCUCAGAAAAUGUACAAUAUCAUGUGACUAAUGUAUCCGUGGAAGAUGGGACUCUGACAGUUAGCAACAUGGUGGACGGAAAUCAUGCGAAAGAGUCGAUAUUAAUCGAGACUGACAAUGGAUAUGCACUUGAGACACCUCUGGAAGCUCAAUUUGAUUUCUCUAUGGAAUUCGAUCACAUUGUUAUAAAGUGGGCGGUUGCCAAUUUAACUUGCCAAGCGGCUAAAAAAGAGGAUACUAUGUAUGCAUGCCGCAGUUCCCACAGCAACUGCCGAAACGUCACCCACGGGGAAAUAUUUAUGGGCUAUCGUUGCAACUGUUCGUCAGGCUUUCAAGGAAAUCCGUAUGUCGAGGAUGGCUGCAAAGAUAUCGAUGAAUGUGCACUAUCAAACUACUGCAAUGGGACAUGUCAAAAUUUUCCUGGAGGCUACAACUGCACGGGUUGCCCUCAUGGAAAAGAGUUUAAUCUCCUAAAACGGCAGUGUGUUACAUCAACAAAGGAACACAAUCUUGUUUUGGGUAUCGCAAUUGGAACUGGAUGUGGCCUAGGCUCCAUACAUAUUGCACUUUGUGUAUUCGUAUUCAUCAACAAGUGGAAGAACGGCAUCCAGAAGAGAAUCCGGCGAGCACACUUCAAGAAAAAUCAAGGCCUACUCUUGGAGCAGCUGAUCUCAGAUGAAAGCGCCACAAACAAAACAAAGAUAUUCUCCUUAGAGGAACUAGAGAAGGCAACCAACAACUUCGAUGCCACUCGUGUUCUUGGUCGCGGUGGACACGGUACAGUCUAUAAAGGUAUUCUAUCUGACCAACGGGUGGUGGCUAUUAAAAAAUCCAAAAUUGUCGAGCAAACUGAGGUAGACCAGUUUAUCAAUGAGGUUGCUAUCUUGUCUCAAAUCAUUCACCGCAAUGUCGUAAAGCUAUUUGGUUGUUGCCUCGAAUCUGAGGUGCCUUUGCUGGUUUACGAGUUCAUAUCUAAUGGUACGCUGCACGACCUUCUUCAUAUUGAUGUUAGUGUUGAAUGCUUGCUGUCUUGGGAUGACCGCGUCAGGAUUGCGGUAGAAGCAGCAGGCGCACUUGCUUAUCUACACUCUGCUGCUGCAAUACCAAUUUUCCAUAGAGACGUGAAAUCUUCUAACAUACUGUUGGAUAGCAGCUUCGCUACAAAGGUUUCCGACUUUGGUGCUUCAAGGUCACUUUCACUUGAUGAGACUCAUGUGGUGACUAUUGUCCAAGGAACAUUCGGUUACCUAGAUCCAGAGUAUUACCAUACUGGGGAGCUAACUGAAAAGAGUGAUGUGUAUAGUUUUGGAGUAAUUCUUGUGGAACUUUUGAUAAGAAAAAAGCCAAUUUUUAUCAACGAUCGAGGUGCAAAACAAAACUUGUCCCAUUAUUUCGUCGAAGGAUUGCAAGAGGGAUCUAUCAUGGAAAUAAUGGAUCCUCAGGUUGUCAGAGAGGCAAAUCCGGAAGAGAUUGAAGAUAUUUGCUCACUUGCUGAAGCAUGCUUGAGACUCAAAGGAAGAGACAGACCUACUAUGAAAGAAGUAGAUAUGAGGUUGCAAUUCGUGAGAACUAAGAGGCUAAGAAAAUGCAAAAUUCUACCAGCUAGUGAUGAAGAGAUUGAGCCUUUUUUGUGCCCAAAGGAUGGUAAUUCUUAUGCACCAGUGAAUGCUGUCAAUGUUGAUAAUUCAACAUCAAAAGGCACCUCUAGUUGCUACAGUCUCGAGCAAGAACUUUCAUCGUCGGUCACAUGGCCACGCUAA